UUUAUCGAGUCUAUGAGUGCUCCACGUGAUUUAUGAGUAAAAGCUCCACCUUUAGGAUAAACCAGAGGCGGCAUCGGUGCGCUGCUGCCUAUACCGGGGCAGACGGACAGACAGGACGGGAUGCGGCAGUGAGCAGUCCCGCUGCGGGGUUUGGCUUUCAGGUUUUUUCUUCUAAUUUUUCCUCCUUUUGACUAUGAUUUUAGUUCUCCGGCGCUCUAAGGUUGAUGAAGGGCUUCGUCCGAAAAAAAGAUACACAAACAAACAGGUGUGUUUGCCGUCGCUUUCGUUAGUAUGAGACCCUGAUGAGUGCGGAGAGGACAGGAUGCCCGCCAGCGGCGCCGACUCACUGAAAGCAAGCGCCUUCAUCCCGGUGUGCACAGCCGCAUGCCUCCUGCUCGGCUCUACCUCCCUGUUCUUCGUCUUCACAUGCCCAUGGCUGGCUGUGACCAUCUGCCCUGCUGUGCCACCAUGCUGUGCCAUCCUCUUCCUUUUUGUGCUGGCCAACUUCACCAUGGCAACUUUUAUGGAUGCUGGUGUGCUCCCAAUUGCAAACGAGGAUGAAGACAAGGAUGAUGAGUUCCGCGCUCCGCUGUAUAAGAACGUGGAUGUGAAGGGCGUCCAGGUGCGGAUGAAGUGGUGUGCUUCGUGUCAUUUCUACAGACCUCCACGCUGCUCCCACUGCAGCGUCUGUGAUCACUGUGUGGAGGACUUUGACCAUCACUGUCCCUGGGUGAACAACUGCAUUGGGAGGCGAAACUACCGCUACUUCUUCCUGUUUUUGUUGUCACUGACAGUUCACAUGAUCGGUGUCUUCACUUUUGGCUUCAUAUACGUCCUGCACCACAUGGACGAAUUAUGGAAGCUGCACUGCACUGUCACUUUGGUAGUGAUCAGUAUAUCAGGACUGUUUCUUAUCCCGGUCCUGGGUCUCACUGGAUUCCACUUGUACCUGGUGUCCAGAGGACGCACCACCAAUGAACAAGUAACUGGGAAGUUUCAAGGAGGAGUUAAUCCUUUCACACGAGGUUGUUGCAACAACCUGGAGUAUCUGGUUUGCAGCCCCAUCUCCCCAAACUACACAGCGAGGCCCUGUAAGAAAACAGUGAUCCACAUUCAGCCUCCAUUCCUGAGACCAGAGAUUGACAGGCAGAGGCUAGUGAAAGUCAGGGACAACGGGAUACAGAGUCAGGACCUCCAACAUAAACGGACCUCAGCCGGAGCUGUCGAGCUGUCGGACAUCAAACAACUGAAAACUCUACCACUGCUGCCACCAAAACCAGACCACGGCCUGCUAAAAAGCCAACUUGCUGUUAUGGAUGAGAUGGGACACCAUACCAAAUCUAUCAUUCCUGUAUCCAUUCCCACUGUGCCGCAGCUAAGGCCAGUCCUGGAAGCCAUAUCCAGAGGAACGUCACCCAUUCCUCCAGAGCAGUUGCUGAAGACAUCAGAGCAGCAAGGGAACCACAAAGGUCCUGACCUCCGCUCUGAGUCUAAAGAAAGCCCUGGGAGAGGCAGCCAGCAGGCCGGCCUUCCUGUCCAGACCAACACCAUCUCCAGCUCGGUGGAGCUUAACUCUCUCACGUUUCACUCCCGCUCUCUCACCCUCAAACACAGCAGUCGCCACAGCAGCAAAUCCCAGCUACCUGGCAUGCAUGGUGACAGUUUGGGAAGCAACCCCUCACCACCGGGAAUCAUCAGCUCUUCCAGCCUGCUGGCCAACCACAGCAACAGCCUCUCCUAUGACCUUAUUAACCCUGCAGACCCUCAGUUCCUGGCUCAGAGAGGGGCUCCUCCAGCCGGCUACCACCCUCACUUCAUGGCUCUGGGCACAGAUGGGACUGUGUUGCAGCGGCCCCCUUCUCACGGAUACAGUCCCGUGUUUAUGGGCGUCACAAGACAGUCUCCUCAGCCUCGAGACCACUCACCUUCUUUGCAGGGCCUCACCUCAAGGGAUCCCUCACCUUCCUUCCAAGGUUUCAUUCAAAGAGACCCUUCUCCGGCUUUUAAAGGGCUGAUGCCGAGAGACCUUGCUUCCCAAAAUGUAACAUCCCGAGACCUCACCCCUCCUGGUCUUGCAAUGCGAGAGAUGACCUCUCAAAGUUUUCGAGACAGCCUUCGUGAUCUCACUCCACCGGGUUUGACUCCUCAAAAGUCUGCCGCUGCACGCUAUGACAACUUUUCAAAAACUAUCAUGGCAUCUAUCCACGAGAGACGAGAGAUGGAGGAGAGGGAGAGGAUGCUGCGUCUCCAAGCCAGAUCCCAGGCCCUCUAUGGCCCAGAUGUGGGGAUCUAUGACAUCCCCAGCAGGAGGAGUCUACCACCAGAUAACAUCCGACCUCCAGGCUCUCGUGGACCAACUCCUCCAGCCUACGGCUCCCGGGAGUUUCUGAUGAGUACAGGCAUCCUUGGUUAUGGCAUGAGGACCUCACCUCUUUCCAGCUCCUCCACAUCGUCUCUGACCCGAGGCCCGAAAACGUCCAGCUCUCCUCUGCAGAGCAGCAGCAGCAGCAGCCUGCAAAGCAAGGGCAGGUCUUCCUCUCCGGGUUACUGCCCUCCUGACAGACAGACUCAACCACUUCCUUCUUCUACAUCCACUCUGCCCCGUUUACCCUCCUCCUCCACCUCCUCCGCCCCUUCAUACGCCUCCUAUGCCACUGCAAAACGAUCCUCACUCCCAUAUUCCUCCGAAGGGAAGGACUCAGUCACACUGGGAGCCCUGAAAUAAAUAAGAAUUACUCCAUGUUUCUGAUGGUGUGAAUGAAUCAUCUAUGCAGUGUUAGUCUCAGUCUUCACAGCUCCAAAAUACUUUGUAAAUAAGUGGCCAUAUGGGACGUUUCUGUGUGGGAGGGUGUGUGACAAUACACAGUGAAAGAUAAACUUAGAAAUAGUGUCAUGCAAGUUUGACCAAAUCCAAAAAACGUUGAAUCUCAGGAAAGUGGUGCCUCCUCUUACAAACAGAGCGAGCUCUAUAAACUUAGUCGAAGCAGAAGAGCUAUGUGAAGAAUACAGAUUUACUUAUUAUUUGUUUGUAUGUGUUUUGAUAUUGCUUUUGUGAAACAAUGUAAUACCAUAUCAUAUCAAUAUGUCUCCCGCUGCAAAGUAUCCAUUUUAAUAGAAUUUUGUAGUUGUUUAUAUGAAUAAACUUAUUUUGUAAUUUUCA